AUGGACGACACAGAAGGGCCAAACGAUUGUUACUGUGCUGGCUGUGGAGCGAGAGUCCACGAGCCGUUCCACAUGAAGGUCUUGCAGGAUACUUGGCACGCCGCCUGCUUCCAGUGCUCUGUGUGCUGUGACCACCUGACCAACUGGUAUUAUGAAAAGGAUGGGAAGCUGUACUGUCGCAAACACUACUGGGAGAAGUUUGGAGAGCUGUGUCAUGGAUGCUCGCUGCUCAUGACUGGACCUGCCAUGGUGGCCGGAGAACACAAAUAUCAUCCUGAGUGCUUUGUGUGUCUCAGCUGCAAAGUGGUGAUUGAAGACCAGGAUACCUAUGCCUUAGUGGAGCGCUCCAAACUAUACUGCGGGAAGUGCUACAAGCAGGUGAUCCUCACGCCAAUGUUGGAAAAGCGCUCGCACGACUCUGUCCUGGAUUCCCACCCACACACGGUGAUGCUCAUCUCAAUGCCCUCAGCGGCCAACGGCAAGAGGGGCUUUUCUGUUUCGGCGCUGCGGGACGUCAACGGCUCCGCGAGUGUCCAAGUCAAAGAGGUCAGAGGGAUGCUCAUUAGCCCUGAGGUGCGGAAUGCCAUCCACGUUGGAGACCGCAUCCUUGAGAUCAAUGGUGUUCCAGUGGGGACACUGCUGGAGGAAGAGGUGGAUGACCUCAUCCAUCGCACCAGUCAAACAUUACAGCUGCUUAUAGAGUACGACCCGGUGAGGCAACGUUUGGACCGUCUCUGUCUGGAAUCGUCUAGGAACGUCCUGGGAGUACCGGCAACUUCCCGCAUGCGCCUUUCCUCGCCAUCCAAUGCGGUCCUGGAAAGAACCCAGGUGGACCACGGCACACUAAAGAGGAGAUCUUUGAGGCGUAGUAACAGCAUCUGCAAGUCGCCUGGGCCGAAUUCCCCCAAAGAGCAUCUUUUCAUUACCAGAGACAUCGGACGCUCGGAAUCUUUGAGGUCGUCCAGUAGUUGUUCUCAUCGCAUCUUCAGACCGUGUGACCUCAUCCACGGCGAGGUUUUAGGGAAAGGCUUCUUUGGACAGGCUAUCAAGGUGACCCAUAAAGCCACUGGAGAGGUGAUGGUGAUGAAGGAGCUGCUUCGAUGUGAUGAGGAGACCCAAAAAACUUUCCUCAAGGAGGUCAAAGUCAUGCGCAGUUUGGACCACCCUCAUGUCCUCAAGUUCAUCGGAGUACUCUAUAAGGACAAGAGGCUGAAUUUGAUCACAGAGUUCAUCGAAGGGGGAACACUCAAGGACUUCAUCAGAGACACUGAUCCAUUUUCAUGGGAGCAAAGAGUGAGUUUUGCAAAGAGCAUCGCCUCUGGCAUGUCUUACCUUCAUUCUAUGAGCAUCAUACACAGAGACCUCAACUCUCACAACUGCCUUGUCAAACUGGACAACACAGUGGUUGUCGCUGACUUUGGACUGUCACGACUCAUCGUAGAAGAAAAAGUGAAACCAGCACCUGAAAAGAACACCAAGAAGAGAGUUUUGCGACGGAUUGACCGGAAAAAAAGGUACACCGUAGUCGGAAACCCCUACUGGAUGGCGCCAGAGAUGCUGAACGGUAAACGCUACGAUGAGAAAGUGGACAUUUUCUCAUAUGGAAUUGUUCUUUGUGAGAUCAUCGGGAAGGUCUACGCAGACCCAGAAUGUCUCCCGAGAACUCUGGACUUUGGUCUGAAUGUGGGAAAGUUUGUGGAGAAGUUCCUCCCUGAAGACUGUCCACCAGCGUUCUUUCCGCUGGCCGUCGCGUGCUGUGACCUCACACCAGACAACCGUCCCCCAUUCCAGAAGCUGGAAGACUGCUUCAAAGCACUAUCCCUCAACCAGGAGUUGGGCAUCCCCCUCCCGUCCGAAUUAGAUGAACUCCAUCAGAGUCUGAGUCGACUCCACUGGCCCAAAGACAGUUCCUCCCAAUCACCUAGCCCAGAUGAACCACAGUCCCCUAAAGCGGCCUCUCCGGACUGUUCCGGCACGUCAGACAAUGGCACUUAA